UAAAGCAACAGGAACAAAGUUGUGGGACCUGGUUCCACACUAUCGCGGAGUUCACCCGUAAUAUGUAUUAACCAUCUCUACAUUUACUUAGACAGAGCCUUUUUUUUUCGCUGGUAUCUUAGUCUGCAUUGCGUUGCAAAAAAUCGUCUCUUUAAGCUGUUUUUUUUGCGGAGACUGGAUGCGCUUUAGGACGGAUCUCUAAGUUAUAGCUUGAAGGAGCAGCUUUAAACUCGUUUAAAAUGCCUUAAACCAACCGAACUGGUGCACUUUGUAAUUUUUUAGCUUUUGUAGCGUUUUUUCCUUGACUGUUGUGGACUUGUUUUGAGGGAACACGUCUCCUGACCCCUCGGUGACAGCAGAGGUGCAGAGAGAGGGGUUUGCACUGUGUGUCUGGUACUGUUUCGCACCAUUUCCCAAUAAGGAAAACAUUGGAUUAAUUGGCAACCAUGGCAACACAUGGUGACAUCGCAGAGGGAGGGACCAAUGAAGAGUUCAACGACAUUAUCAAGUGGAGAUCUGAUGAACAUGAUGCAGUACAAAAGAAGACGUUCACCAAAUGGUUAAAUGCACAGUUCACAAAGACGGGAAAGACGACCAUCAAAGACAUGUUCUCCGAUCUGAGGGAUGGGAGGAAGCUGCUGGACCUGCUGGAGGGCCUCACUGGCACCGUCCUGACCAAAGAGCGAGGCUCCACCAGAGUGCACGCUCUCAACAAUGUCAACAAAGUGCUUCAAGUCCUGCAUCAAAAUAACGUGGAUCUGGUAAACAUAGGAGGAACAGAUAUAGUUGAUGGGAACCAUAAGCUAACCUUAGGCCUCAUCUGGAGUAUAAUCCUUCACUGGCAGGUGAAAGACAUCAUGAAGGACAUCAUGUCCAACCUGCAUCAGACUAACAGCGAGAAGAUUUUACUGAGCUGGGUUCGCCAGUGCACCCGCUCAUACCCACAAGUCAAUGUGCUGAACUUUACCACCAGCUGGGCCGACGGCCUGGCUGUCAAUGGCAUCUUACACCACUUCAGACCAAAUGCAUUCAGCUGGGAUCAUAUGGUCAAGCUGAGCCCUGUGGAGAGGCUGGACCAUGCCUUCACUGUAGCCAAAGACCAGCUGGCUAUCGAGAGGCUACUGGAUCCUGAAGAUGUAGCGGUGCAGUUGCCAGAUAAGAAGUCCAUCAUCAUGUACGUGACAUCGCUGUUCGCUGUACUGCCCAAAGAUGUGAGCAUGGAGGCAAUCAGAGAAGUGGAAACCCUGCCACGCAAAUACAAAGUAGAGGCUGAGGAAGCAGGUCCAGGCCUCAGUGCUCAGAAUGUACAGAUGGAGGAAGCAGGAAGUAGCCCCCGGCCUGAGACCCCCAGCACCCUGACGGAAGCGGAGGGGGAGAUGGAGGUCAGCCUGGUGGAGGUCGACCUGGACAGCUACCAGACCACACUGGAGGAGGUUCUCACUUGGCUGCUGUCGGCUGAGGAUGCCCUGCAGAUUCAGGAUGAGGUGUCAGAUGAUGUGGAAGAAGUCAAAGAGCAGUUUCACACACAUGAGGCCUUCAUGAUGGAGCUGACAGCGCAUCAGAGCAGCGUUGGUAAUGUCCUGCAAGCGGGUAACCAACUGAUCGCUCAGGGAAACCUAACAGAAGAAGAAGAAGAUGAAAUCCGGGAGCAGAUGAGCCUCCUGAACUCACGCUGGGAGAACCUCAGAGUGGCCAGCAUGGAUCGCCAGGCCAGGCUGCAUGAAGUUCUGAUGGAUCUUCAACAGCAGCAGUUACAGCAGCUUUCUGAUUGGCUGACGCGGACAGAGGCACGAAUCAAAAAGAUAGAGACGGAGCCGUUGGCUAAAGACCUGGAGCUUUACAAGGAACAGAUAGAGGAGCACAAAGAGCUUCAGAAUGACCUGGAGGCGGAGCAGGUGAAGGUGAACUCUCUAACUCAUAUGGUGGUCGUGGUGGAUGAGAACAGUGGUGAGAGCGCCACCGCUGCCCUGGAGGAGCAACUACAAUCUUUGGGUGAACGCUGGGCAGCUGUGUGUCGCUGGACAGAGGAGAGGUGGCACAAGCUGCAGGAAGUCUUCAUGGUCUGGCAGCAACUUUUAUCAGAUCAGAGUUUGUUUAGAGUGUGGCUGGCAGAGAAAGAAGAGGCCUUGAGUGAAGUGCAGACCAGCAACUUUAAGGACCAAAGUGAAAUGAAUACUAAUGUUCGCCAAUUAGCGAUACUAAAAGAGGAUUUAGAAAAGAAGAGGAGGACUCUGGACCAACUGUCUGAUGCAGGACAGGAUGUGAUAUCACUACUGAGGAGCCCCGAGGCCGGAGAAAAGAUCGAGGCAGACACAGAAGAGCUGACCCACAGAUGGGAUAAUCUGGUGCAGAAGCUGGAGGACUGCUCCUUCCAGGUAAUGGAAGCUGUGACUGAUGCCAGCAUGACUCAGGUGGAGGAACAUGUCGUCGUGGAUACAGUUGCUGUGGUUGCGGCUGCAUCAAUCACAGACCAAGAGGUGGCCCCACCUGCUCCCCCAAAGAAACGGCUGGUGGAAACAGACGUAGAAGUCAGACGAGUGUUUGAAAACAAGCUUGGUGACUUUCUGAGCUGGAUGAAAACCUGGAAAACAUCAGCUCAGGCACUGGCCUCCACACACCCGGAGACAACAGCUGAUAACUCAGACCUGCAGGGCAAACUCACGAGUUUGGAGUCGGAACUUGCAGAAAAAGAAGCCCCAGUUGGUGAGACAAUCCAGGAGGGGCGAGGCCUUGUGGACCAACUGGAGAGAGAGGGUGUGUGUGUUGACUUGCUGAGGGCGGAUAUCGACCAGAUUCAGACGGAGUGGGAUGUGUGUGCGCGGGAGCUGCAGGCGGCCAGAGAACGGGUUCACACCCAGAGUCGGUUUAAGGCGGUCUCUGCAGAGCUGGCAGACCUGGACCGGGUCUUGGUGGACCAGGACUGCUGGCUGGACUCGACAUCAGUGGUGGAAAAGUGUGAUGAGGCCAAACUCCGAAGCCUGAGUGGUGAAUCUCAGACCCGAUUGGCCCAAGUCACUGCCCUGAGUCCACAACUGGAGUGUCUGUCUACUGAGGCGGCGUCACUGGGCGCCAUGUCAUCUCUCAGAGAUACUGUUGUGGUCGUAUCUGCACAUCAUGCCUCCACACAGCAGCGGCUACAAAGCACAGAGCAAGUGAUCAGUGAAGCCUUGGCUCAGCUUGAGGUCAGUCAAAUACAACCCAGCCCUGUGGAGGCUCUGGAGGCAAGGAUGGCCACUCUGAAAGACGGAGUUGUGGACAUCCCCACCACAGAGGCAGCAGUGGAACGGGCUCAGGGUCUGUGUCUUGAAAUUGAACAAACUCAGCAAGCCUCGGAUCCAGCAGAACUUCAGAGGUGGAGCCAACUCUCCUCCAGGGCCCGAGAGGAACUGGGGACGCUGCAGUGCAUGCUGGGUAGCAUGAAGGAUAGUCAGGUGCAUACGGUGGAAGUGGAACGUUGGUUGGAUGCGGUGCAGGAGCUGUUGUCUCGUGAUGCCACAGGGCCGGGAGACUCAGAGAGUUUACAGGAAGAGCUUAACCAGUGCAAGGAGCAUGUGAAUGAGAUGGAGUCUGUGGAAAGUUCACUGAAGCAGAUGGGAGACGACGUGUGCGCUGUGCAGGCGGCUGCAGUUCCAGGACUGGCCAAGUGGGGGCAGGAAAAGCUGGACGAGUGCCGGAGCAGGUGGGACGCACUCAGCAAACAGCUGCUGAACCAUCAGGAUCGUGUGGCUGAGAGUCAGGAGAAGCAGGUGAAUCUGAAGAAAGACUUGGCAGAGAUGCAGGAGUGGAUGGCUCAAGUCGACGAGGAGUUUCUCAUGAGGGACUUUGAAUACAAGAGUCCUGAGGAGCUGGAGUCAUCACUGGAGGAGAUGAAGAGGGCUAAAGAGGACGUGCUACAGAAAGAGGUGAAGGUGAAGAUCCUAAAAGACAGCAUCAACAUGUUGGUGUCCACAACAUCGCCCCCUGGUGGAAACAGCAGGCAGGAGCUGACGUCAGAGCUGGAGGGAGUCCUCGCCAACUACCACAAGCUCUGUGACCGCUUCAAGAGCAAGUGUCACACCCUGGAGGAGGUUUGGUCCUGUUGGAUGGAGCUGCUUCAGUAUCUGGACAUGGAGCAAAGCUGGCUGAACACUCUGGAGGAGAAAGUCCAAGCUACUGACAACCUCCCAGAGAGCACUGAAGCUGUGAAUGAAGCUCUGGAGUCCCUGGAGAGCGUGCUUCGACACCCGGGGGAAAACCGAACGCAAAUCAGAGAGCUGAGUCAGACGCUGAUAGACGGAGGCAUUCUGGAUGAACUCAUUAGCGAAAAACUAGAGGCCUUCAAUUCCCGCUAUGAACAACUCAAUCACCAGGCAGUGAACCGGCAAAUCGGUCUGGAGCAGCAGCUGCAGAAGCUGAAGGAGAACGAACAGGCUCUUCAAACACUGCAGGAGUCCCUGAGCCAGCUGGACCACACACUCACCUCCUAUCUGACCGACCGCAUCGACGCCUUCCAGCUCCCACAGGAGGCGCAGACAAUCGGGGCAGAGAUCGCAGCCCACGAGGUGACAAUAGAAGACAUGAGAAGGAGGAACGUCGCCAACUUGCCUCCCCCCUCUGCUGAUGGAAAAGCUGCCCGUGGUGGGACCAUGCUGGACCAGCUGCAGAGAAAACUGAGGGAGAUCUCCACAAAGUAUCAGCUUUUCCAGAAGCCUGCCAACUUCGAGCAGCGAAUGGUGGACUGUAAGAGGGUCCUGGAUGGAGCUAAAGCUGAGCUGCACAUUCUGGAUGUGAGGGAUGUCGAACCGGAAAAAAUACAGUCACAUCUCAGCGGCUGCAUGAAACUGUACAAAUUGUUGAGUGAGGUGAAGCUGGAGGUGGAGACGGUGAUAAAGACAGGCCGACAGAUUGUACAGAAACAACAGACAGAAAACCCCAAAGCUAUGGAUGAACAGCUGACCGCUCUUAAACUGCUCUACAACGACUUGGGUGCACAGGUAACGGAGGGAAAACAGGAUCUGGAAAAAGCUUUGUCUCUGUCGCAGAAGUUCCAGAAGGAAAGCGCCGCCCUGCAGGAGUGGCUGAACACCAACGAGGCUCAGCUCCAGCAGAAGAACAGCUCUGAUGACAUGCCGGCCGACAUCGACGCCGAGAUUGCAUGGGCUAAUGGCCUGCUGAAGGAGUCGGAGCGUCGUAAGGCGGAGCUGUCCAGCCUGAUGGAGACCAGUGCCGGUCUGCAGACUCUGGUGGAGGGGAGCGAGGCUCAGCUGGAGGACCGGCUCUGUAACCUCAACGAAGCCUGGGACCGGGUCCGUACCUGGACGGAGGACUGGCUCAGCACUGUGUUGAGUCAUCAGAAUGAGGUGGAGAUCUUUGAUGAGAACUUGGCUCACAUCAGCACUUGGCUCUACCAGACCCAGAUCCACCUGGAUGAAGCAGAGCGGCUCAGCCCUGCAGAGAGGGAAAAGGUGGUGAAGCGCAUGCUGGAUGAGCUGGAGGAUAUCAGUCUGCGCGUGGACAGCGUCAGGGACCAGGCCAUCAUCCUCAUGACCAGCAGGGGCCCCGCCUGUCGAGACGUGGUGGAGCCCAAACUGGCCGAACUCAACUGUAACUUCGACAAAGUCUCGCAACACAUAAAAACUGCCCAGAUGUUGACCACUCUGGAGUCCGGUGUCGUUGAGAUGCACCAACAAACUCAACAGGUCGUUCUCAACCAGGAGAUCCGAGUUGAGGCCGAGAGCGAAGCCCGUUCUGCCGAGGCUCCGAUUCCCACCGAGGUUCAGAACCUUCAGGCAGAACUCCACGACACACUCAGGGCUCUUGAACUGCGACAACAGGAUGCAGCAAACACCCUGGACGAUGACAAAAUGGAUGAGGAGAAAGCCAGUGUUGAAGACUUGCUCCGAAGAGGAGAAGAACUGCAGCAGCAAACUUCAGAUGAGGGUCAGAAGGAGGAGUUGAGGCUUUUAUUGCUCCGACUGCAAAGCCAAUACCGGGAGCUGUGGGUGCUACGCUCCAGGCAGGCCGAAGUGUGUGUGGACGCUUCAAUCUCUCACACAUCCAUCGAGCACAGAACAGAGUUUUCAACAGAGGAGAUGUCAUCAGUGGAGCGUACAGUCACUCCUUCACGAAGUCCAUCUGACUACCUUCUGGAGAUCAACAAGGUUCUCCUCGCCAUGGCCGACAACGAACUGCUAUUGAACUCGUCUGAGCUCAGCGGGGGUCUCUAUGAAGAUUUCUCCAGCCAGGAGGACACUCUUAAGAAUAUCAAAGAGAAUCUGGAGCGUCUAGGUGAUCAGGUGACAGCGAUCCACGAGCGCCAGCCGGACGCCAUCCAGAACGCAUCUACUGCUGAAGUGGCCCAGAUCGGAGACGCCCUCACGCAGCUCAACGCCGAGUGGGACCGACUCAACCGCAUGUACAACCACCGCAAAGGGAGUUUUGACCGAGCCAUAGAGGAGUGGAGGCAGUUCCACUGUGACAUGAAUGACAUGAGUCAGUGGUUGACAGACACUGAGACGCUGCUCUCUGAAAGCAUUGGCCCUGAGGGACAACUGGACCUGGACUCUGCACGACAGCAUCAAGGGGAGCUUGAAGAAGGUCUCGCCAGCCACCAGCCGGUCCUGGUUGUACUAAAUCGCACCGGGGAGCAGAUAAUUGAGCAGUUGUCAUCCCCUGAUGGAUCCCUCCUCGAAGAAAAGCUACAAAUCCUGGGUCAGCGUUGGAGAGCUGUCAACCGGCAAGUCCUAGACAGACAACGCAGACUGACUGGAGGAGAUCCAGCCCUGUCAGACCUGGUGAGGAGAAGCGGGGAGCUGGCUUUAUGGCUGGAACAGGCCGAAAACGCAGUCAGUUCUCUAUCCGUCACUGCCACGGACAAAAACCUCAAAGAACUCAAGGCUUUAGCUGAGGAAAUGGAUGCACAAAACGAACGUCUCGGCUGGUUGAACAAACACGCCCCUCAGGUCCUGGCCAAUCCGAGUGUGAGCCCUCAGACCAGAGACCUACAUGUUUCCAAACUAAGGGCCAUCAACCUCAACUGGAGCAAAGUGACCCAUGAGUUGUUGGACAAGGUGGGGGAGGUGGAGUCUAACCUGCAGAGCCACGCCCAGUUCCAGGACAGAAUGAACCGGCUGACGGACUGGGUCGUCGUUACACACCAGACAAUCACCACCAGAGGCCUGAGCCCCGGCCACGCACAGGCUCUGGAGGCAUCCAUGAGAGACCGAAAGAAGGACCUGGAGGACCUGUUGGCUCAUUCCAUAGAACUACAGAGACGGCAGCAGCUGUUGCCUCAGGAAAAGAGUAAAGUAGAGCAGCUGGCGUCCGAUUGGAAGGCUCUGGAUGGACGACUGAGGGAAUCUCUCCAGCCACCUGUCUCUCCGUGGACACAGCACCAGCUCGUCGUCCAGCACCAGCAACUGGUGUCUGCAGUCCCGUCCGCCGUGCAGAUGGCCAGCCUGGUGAGCGAGGACCCCCACCACCAAACCCCACACACGCCAGAGUCCGUGGCGCCCACCGACCUGAACAAGACGGCCACUGAACUGGCAGACUGGCUUCUGCUCAUUACCCAGAUGCUGAAGUCUAACAUUGUCACUGUGGGGGACGUGGAUGAGAUCAGGACCACCAUGGGACGUCUACAGGUGACAAAGACUGACCUGGAGCAGCGUCACCCACAACUCGAGGACAUUUUCACCUUGGCUCAAAACAUCAAAAACAAGACCUCGAAUGUGGACGUUCGCACAUCCAUCACUGAAAAACUGGAGAAGGUACGCAGCCAGUGGGACAGCACUCAGUACGGUGUUGAGGCGCGGCUCCAGCAGCUGGACAACAUGAUUGGCCACAGCAACCAGUGGGAGGAGCAAAGAAAGGAAGUGACGGCCCUUAUUGGCAGCAACGAAGGACGUUUCCACAACAUGCUCCAGCAGUCCAGAGACCCUCUGACUAAACAGCUCGCUGUCAACAAGGCUUUUCUCCAAGACCUGGGCCAAGGCCAAGCGAUAGUAGCGACCUUCAAUGAGCUGUCCAAUCAUCUUUUGCGAGAGUAUUCCACUGACGACACCAGGAGGAUCAAAGAGGUCACGGAUAAACACAAUACGGCCUGGAACAGCAUCAACAAUAGGGCGAGUGAUCGGCAGGCUCAGCUGGACACUGAGCUGAAGGGCCUGCAGAUGUCCCUCCGAGAGCUCGAGUCCUUCCUGAAGUGGCUCCAGGAGGCGGAGACGACGGUCAACGUGCUGGCCGACGCCUCGCAAAGGGAAGACCUGUCUCAGGACUCUGCCCACGUGAAGGAACUGAGGCGACAACUAGAGGACAUCCAGGCUGAGAUCGAUGCCCACAAUGACAUCUACAAGAGUGUGGAUGGAAACAAGUCGAAGAUGGUCAAAGCUCUGGGCAGCUCAGACGAAGCCGUGUUCCUCCAGCACAGACUGGACGACAUGAAUCAACGCUGGAGCGACCUAAAGACCAAGUCAGCCAACAUUCGAGCUCAUCUGGAGGCGAGUGCUGAGCGCUGGUCUCGUCUGCUGGGUCUCCUGGAGGAGCUGUGGAGGUGGAUCUGCAUGAAGGACGAGGAGCUGGCCAAGCAGAUGCCUAUUGGAGGAGAUGUGCCCACCCUUCUACAGCAGCAAAACCACUGCACGGCGAUACGGUCAGAACUAAAGGAGCGCGAACACUUGGUGAUCACCACUUUGGACCAAGCCCGGACGUUUCUCGCUGACCAGCCUAUCGAGGGUCCCGGAGAACCACGCAAGAACCUGCAGCCAAAGACCGACCUCACCCCUGAGGAGAAAGCCCGAGGGUUGGCCCGGGCCAUUCGCAAACAGACCGGCGAAGUGCGGGAGCGAUGGGAGCGUCUGAAGGGUCACGUGGGCGGCUGGCAGAGUCAGGUGGAGCGAGCCUUAGAGAGACUCCAGGAGCUGCAGAGCUCCAUGGACCAGCUCGACCUGAGGCUGACUCAGGCGGAGGAGGCCAAGGCCACCUGGCAGCCUGUGGGAGACCUGCUGAUCGACUCUCUGCAGGACCACAUUGACAAGACCAUGGCCUUCAGAGAGGAGGUUGCACCGUUGCGUCAGGAUGUGAGGAUCGUCAAUGAGCUCUCUGCGGAGCUGACACCGCUGGACAUCCAGUUGUCGUCCACUGCCUCCAGGCAACUGGACCAGCUCAACAUGAGGUGGAAACUACUACAGGUGGCAGUGGACGAUCGACUGAAGCUCCUUCAAGAAGCCCACCGAGACUUUGGCCCCUCCUCGCAACAUUUCCUCUCCACUUCUGUACAGCUCCCCUGGCAGCGUGCAGUUUCUCAGAAUAAGGUUCCAUAUUAUAUCAAUCACCAGACACAGACAACAUGCUGGGAUCACCCAAAGAUGACGGAGCUUUACCAGUCUCUAGCGGACUUGAACAAUGUGAGAUUCUCCGCAUACAGAACAGCCAUGAAGAUUCGCAGACUACAGAAAGCACUGUGCUUGGACCUGUUGGAUCUCAACGUGGCCCAGAACACCUUCGAGCAGCACAAACUAACCAACAACAAUCAACUGCUGUCCGUCCCUGACGUCAUCAACUGCCUGACGUCCAUCUACGACGGCCUGGAGCAGGAGCACAAAGACCUGGUCAACGUGCCCCUCUGCGUUGACAUGUGUCUUAACUGGCUGCUCAAUGUUUACGACACUGGCCGCAGUGGGAAAAUCCGCGUGCUCUCCAUGAAGAUUGGCUUACUGUCUCUCUCAAAGGGACACCUCGAGGAGAAAUACAAAUACCUCUUCAGCCAGGUGGCGUCGGCGGGUGACACGUGCGACCAGAGGCAGCUGGGUCUGCUGCUUCACGAAGCCAUCCAGAUCCCGAGGCAGCUGGGGGAGGUGGCGGCUUUCGGAGGCUCCAACAUCGAACCCAGUGUCCGAAGCUGCUUCCAACAUGUAACCAAUAAGGUGGAGCUGGAGCCGAGGCAGUUCGUGGACUGGAUGCGUCUGGAGCCCCAGUCCAUGGUUUGGCUUCCCGUCCUGCACAGAGUCGCCGCUGCUGAAACAGCGAAACAUCAGGCCAAGUGUAACAUCUGCAAGGAGUGUCCUAUCGUCGGCUUCAGGUAUCGCAGUCUGAAGCAUUUCAACUACGAUGUGUGUCAGAGCUGCUUCUUUUCCGGGCGCACAGCCAAGGGCCACAAGUUGAACUACCCCAUGGUGGAAUACUGCACACCGACCACAUCAGGUGAAGACAUGCGAGAUUUCACCAAAGUGCUGAAGAACAAAUUCCGAUCGAAGAAGUACUUUGCCAAGCAUCCUCGGUUAGGGUACCUGCCAGUCCAGACGGUUCUGGAGGGCGACAACAUGGAAACUCCCGUCACCCUCAUCAGCAUGUGUCCGGAGCAGUAUGAGCUGUCCCAGUCACCUCAGCUCUCUCAUGAUGACACCCAUUCCAGGAUAGAGCAGUAUGCCAGCAGGUUGGCCCAGAUGGAACGCUCCAACGGAUCUCUGCCCACAGACAGCAGCUCAGCCACAGGAAGCAUGGAUGAUGAGCAUGCCCUGAUCCUGCAGUACUGCCAGACACUGGGGGGGGAAGGCUCCCCCUGUAGUCAGCCCCAGAGUCCUGCCCAGAUCCUUCAGGCCGUGGAGAGGGAGGAGCGAGGCGAGCUGGAGCGGAUCAUAGCUCGCCUGGAGGAGGAGCAGAGGACUCUGCAGAGGGAGUACGAUCAGCUAAAAGAGCAGCACAGCCAGCGGGGGGCCCCUAGCGGGAGUCACUGGGAGUCAGAAGGCUCCUCAUCCCACCCCGACGAAGCCGAUCUUCUCGCCGAAGCCAAGCUGCUGCGUCAACACAAGGGCCGACUGGAGGCUCGCAUGCACAUCCUGGAGGAACACAACAAACAGCUGGAGUCUCAGCUCCACCGCCUCCGACAGCUUCUGCACCAGCCGGAGGUGGACUUGAGGGUAAAUGGAGUGUCGUCUCCUAGCGCGCAAGAUCGAGGACCACUUACUGAAAACUCAGAUGAGCUGCUGGACUCCAACAACAGCAGCUCUGACCUGGCAGAUGUAAUGGAGCAGAUUAACAACUCCUUCCCUGCAUGCAGUCCCUCGAGCCUCUCCUCCAGACCACAGGUGAUGUGAGAAUCGUCACCACAGAGGACGGCGUGUGUGUUUAGUAACUGUCUGAUGUAAUCGGACCACUCCCCAACAAACCAACCCCCCCGACUCUGAAGCCCAAAGACGCACAGGACCAGACAACCGAACUACUUUGACCACCUUGUCUUGUACUAUGCAAACUGUACGUUUUAUGGACAGUAGAUUGUACCUGAACUCGGUUCAACAUUUGUCAGUGAUUUUUGUUUAGAAUUGUGGACACGGGGCUUUGUAUAGCGACAUACGCCUUUUGUUUUUUUCUGAAAGUGGUUUGGGAUUUUGUGUUUUGUUUUUGUUAAGUUCUGCCUUCACUGGGAAUCGAACUGUUACAUUUUUAUUUUUUUUUGUCAUUCCACUGCUUCGGACCAUCCGGCCCCCAGUUGCUACAGUGUCGUUUGUCAGUAGAAGUAGCCACAGAACAUGUUCCAGCUUCGGGAACGUUCCUGAGAUAAAAACAUUUAGUGGCAGAAAAGGAUCGUCUGUUUUGUUCUGAAGAGUUAUCUCGUAGCAUGCUCGAUGUCAAGUUCCCCUUUAAAGCGUUGAUAUGCCGGCACACUUUGUGUCGACUGCGAUUUGUUAUGUAAACUCUUUCCCUUCUGUGCCUAUACAGUUUGUCAUUCCACAUGUGGAAGACAGAGACGGUGAGACGACGAAUUCAAACGGGAUUGUGUAUAAAGAGAGAAGUUUUGGAAAAUAUAGAUUUAAAACUAAAGUCGAUCUGAAUUUGGGUUUGUAAGAGGCCCGCAGUCAUUACUUAGAAUAUUUUUUUUAAUAUUUGUUCAAAAAUCAGAGGAAAGCCAUGAUUGCCUUGCUACCUCAGACUCAUAGACACAGUUUUUGUUUUUGUGGUUCGUAAACUUGUUUAAGACACUUGUGAUCAUUUACAGAACAUAAACAACCUGGUUUAGCAUUCCGAGCUUUAGCUUACUGUAUUGGUGUACACUGCAAUGAGGAGAUACCAAGUAAAAAAAAAAAAAAAAGAACUAUUACUGUAUCACAAUGGGUCUGUGGCCUGCUGAAGCUAGCCUCCCGUUCUGACGAGUAUUUACUUUUGUUGGUUUUUCCACUGGCCUUCGAGCACUGGUCCCUCACGCCGUUGUGUUGUUGUGCUAUAUGCUAUCCUGUAAAACUUGUGAGACUGAACAACACUACUAUAACCUCCUCUGACUGUAGACCGAUGAUGAUGAUGAUGAUGAUGAUGGUGGGGAUGAUGAUGUUGGUGAUGAUUUUGAUGAUUACAAUCAUGAUGAACCGUACCAUGGCAGAACUGUGUCGUUUCUCCUGAGGUAUGUAAAAUAGAUUGACCACACUACGUGUAAUAUGGCUACGUUGUUUUAUUCUAAAUAAAAUUUUUAUAACAAUUA